AAAGGCAAGUUCGGAGGUUGUGAAGUCGCAGUAAAGCGAGUUGAAUUACAUCGUGUCAAAAAAAGAGAAGAAGACGCUAUGCUGAAGUUGGAACAUCCGAAUCUCGUCAAACUUCUUCACUGUGAAAGUGACGACGACUACAGAAACUAUGCAUUGGAAUUGUGCGACGCCUCUCUAGACAAACUCUUCCUAGACCCGAGUCACCCACUAAAAUGUUAAGUAUUUCGACCAACUGGCAACCCCACAGUCGACGUAGUGCUUAUUCUUUCCUUCUCCGAAUCAUAAUCGUCGUUAUACUUACGUAUGUGUGUAUGUGCGACAUCUCUCUCCUUUAGUCUCUCUCUUCUUCAUCACGUGUAUCAGCCCCUGUGUUGAAGUUCUCCUGGAUUAUUUUACCUAGCUGAGGUUAUGGGCCCAGGUAACCCGACCCGCUAAAGUAGGAAAAGAUGGACAACUCUCCCUCACGAGACGGCCUUCGAGCCAAAACCGUCCAAUUUAACGGCAACAAUUUCGAAAGUUGGAAAUUCAGCGUCAACAUUGCGCUCAGGAGUCACAACCUGGUGCCAGUCGUCGAUGGAUCUCUUAAACGACCAAUCGAGCUAAAACAAGACAACACGGUAACCAACCAAGCCGACAUCAACAAGUGGGACAAAGACGACAACUUGGCCCUCGGCUACCUGUUCAAUACCUGCAGCGAGGAACAGCAGAACUCCCUACUCACAUGUGAUACGGCUCACUCCGUCUGGAAUUCCCUCACGAGCAGAUACCAGCAGAAUACCGUCGAGAGGAGACAAUCUCUACAGCAGGACUUCCUGAACUAUCGCUUUAAGCCGGAACAUACCGUGAGAUACCACAUCGAAGCGAUCAAGCUACUAGUCCAGCAAUUUAAGGACGCUGGGGGCCUCGCCGACGACGACGGAACGUGCAACAAAAUAAUCACGUCCCUUCCACCUAGCUACAACAACUUCCUCACCGCCUGGGAAAGCUCCCCCAUCCUAGAGAGGACCCUCGCCAACCUCGUUACUAGACUCGAUAGAGAAGAGAGUAGGAAACACAACUGCAACGGCGGAGAGCUAAGUGCUGACGACAAGGCCUACUUCGGAUUCCCAAGCACAUCUACUAGAGCUGGAAGGUCGAUCCCACCGACGUAUCAAAGACCUGAAAACAGGCCAAGUCCCUAUCCUAAGACGGGCAGAGGACGAGGCAGAGGCGGACGCAACGACAGGUUUGCCGCAUCUAACGGGAGGCCUCGAACAACCACACGCUGCACCUUCUGCAACAUAAUCGGCCAUAAUGAGGAGACAUGUCGCCACAAGAACAGUGGGGCAGUUCGCUGCAGCUACUGCAAUAUCGUCGGGCAUGACGAGAAGGUGUGCUACCGCAAAACUCAAGAUGGCGAAAAGGCAAGCGUAGCCGAACCACAAAUUGACUCAGAGAAUCACAACUCUGCCUACGCAGCGGGACUUCCGUCAUCUGGGUCACGAUCGAGCACCGACUUCUUCCUAGACUCCGGCGCGACUCAGCACAUCACGGACCAAAAAUGGCUGCUUAAAAACCUCAGGACCUUCCCACUCGGAUCAAGAUGGAUCGGAGGUAUCGGCCAAACGAAAGUAGACGUACUAGGCGAAGGCGACAUGGAUGUACUGACAUCAGUUAACGGGCUCACCAAGAGCCGCACGAUCCAUGGCCUCCUGUACGCCCCAAACAUCGGCAUAAACUUGAUAUCCGUCGGCGCCAUUACCAACAACGGCGCAGACAUCCACUUAACCGGCUCCCAAGCCCUCGUCGUUAGAAACGGAGCCAUAGAGAUGACCGCAGAACGCGUCGGAAGGACUUUAUACCUCCUGAACAUCUCCGUCGUGACAAACGACGUCGCAUCAAUCGCCCGACCUAUCGAGAGUUCAAUUCAGGAGUGGCAUCAACGCCUUGCUCACAUCAGCUAUCGAACCAUUAUCAAGAUGGCGGAAAGCGGAGCUGUGGACGGUCUCAAUUUGCAACCAGGGACUCAACCUCCACUGGCACGUUGCCACGAGUGCGCGGUCGGAAAAAUGAAGCGUCUUGUCUUCCUCACCAGCUCCACUCCAAAAUCCACCCGUAUUGGCUCUCUCAUCCACAGCGACGUCUGCGGACCAAUGCAGGUAUCAAGCAUAGGUGGCGCACUCUACUAUGUGCUUUUUCAAGACGACUCCAGUGGAUUCCGCGUUGUACGCUUUAUCAAGCAAAAGUCCGAGGUCGCCGCCUGCCUCAAAGACUUUGUCAGCCUAUUGCACGCUCAAACGGGCCAACUGGUUUCCGUGCUCCGCUCUGACAACGGAGGGGAGUACGAGAAUCACGAACUUCAGGCCUGGCUAAGAAAGAAAGGAAUCCGCCACGAAACAUCCGUCCGACACACACCUCAACAGAACGGCGUCUCGGAAAGGGAUAAAUGA